UCUUAUUUUACAUUGAUAGAUUCAAAGAAUGACGUUGACUUUUCUCAGAUUAAAUUUACCUAAACUAUUUGCCUGUUUAGGAAGAUGUAUAGCGAAACAUCCAUAUUUAUUUCUUUUCGCACCUCUUAUUGUUUCAGCAUGUUUAGUUACGGGAUUUUUAAAGUUAAAAUUUGAAACUGACAUGGAAUAUCUCUUUUCUCCAAUUGGUAAUCGUGGAUUGAUGGAGAAGAGAAUAGCAAACGAAAUGUUUCCCAUGAAUCGAUCGAUUAACUUUGAUGUAUUACGAAUAACCGAGUUGACUGAUUAUGUAUCACUUAUUGCAGUUUCUAAAGAUGGGAAAAAUAUAUUACGAAAGGAAACUUACGGAGAAUUAAAGCAGUUGGAUGAGGUUAUCAGAAAUAUUAGAAUUGAAUAUUCCGGUCGUAACUGGACUUAUGAGGAUAUUUGUGCACGUUCCGAAAAUUCCUGCCAUGUUCAAGAUAUAUUUAAGUUAGAAAGUGAAAUACAAGAAUAUUUUAACGGAAGAAGAAUUUUAAAAUAUCCAAUAACAUUUAACUCAGUCGCUUAUAUUAUAACUGGAUUAUACUUUGGAGGAGUUACCGUUGAUGAUUCAGAAAGAAUUACAUCGUGCUUGGCUUUACGACUGUUAUACUUCAUUGAUAACAGAGACGAUUUCCAGGAACUUGGAAGGCUUUGGCAGAGUAAAUUUCUUUCAGUUAUCACAGCUGUACGUUUUGAGAACAUUUCAGUAUCGUGGAUUACUGCUGAAGCGACGAAUAUUGAGUUUAAUCGAAUAUCGGAAACUGUUUUGCCUUACAGUGGAUUGAUAGCAUUGUUAAUAGUUUUUUUCAGCGUUUUGAGUUGCAUGUCAUCUAAUCCUGUGAUAAGCAAACCUUGGAUUGGAUUAGCAGCUGGAAUAUCUGUAUUAAUAGCUAUUGUAUCCAGUUUUGGACUGCUAUUAUAUUGUGGAGUCAAAUAUAUUGAUAUUAAUAUAAGCAUUUUAUUUCUUGUAGCAGGAGUUAGUAUGGACGAUUCUUUUAUUAUAUUGGCUGCUUGGAGGAGAACGAGAAAUAAAGACGUGGAAACGAGAAUGAGUGAUACAUAUUCUGAAGCUGCUGUUUCAGUCACAAUCACUUCAUUGACUAAUUUUACAUCGUUUUUAGUUGGAUACGCUCUUCCAUAUCCUGCCACUAAGUUAUUUUGCUUGUACAUGGCUUCUGCAGUUGUCUUUACUUACAUAUAUCAGUUAACUUUUUUUGGUUCAUGUGUGGUUCUUAGUGGCUAUAGAGAGGAGAAAAGAUUACAUCCUUUCACAUUUCGCUUUAUUGCAAAAAAUGAUACAGAAAACGAUGGAGAUAUCUUUUUUCAUAAAAUUAGCGAAAAACUUGGGAAAUAUUUACAGUAUAAUACUACGAAAACCAUAAUAAUUACAAUCUUAUUUUUGUAUUUAUCUAUCGGUGCUUGGAGAAUAACAAAAUUGAAAGAAGGUCUGGAUUAUGUCGAUUUAAUUAGAAGGGAUUCGUUUGUUGCGGCAUUUUUGAACGAACACUCUGAAUAUUUUAGUUCUUACAGUCAUAGAAUUCAAAUUAUUAUAAAUAAAACUCUAGAUUAUUCAGAUCCAAUUGUGCAAAACAAUAUCGAAGAGAUCAUGACUAAUUUUGAAAGCAAUUCUUUCAUUUCUGAAUAUACUGAAUCGUGGUUGAGAUCCUAUAUACAUUUCAGUAAUAGCUUUAUAGGUCAGUUUUCGCUAAAUGGAUAUAACGUAUCUUGCAAACAAAGUUUCAUAAAUGGAUUAAGAGACGUAUAUCUACGUAUACAUCUGGCAAAACGUUUAAAAGACGAUAUCGUUUUCAAUGAUAAUUACACUGACAUCACAGCUAGUAGGUUUUUUAUUACAACAAAAAAAGUAGACAAAGAAGAUUUAAAGUAUAUGGUCCUUCAAUUAAGAUCUAUUGCUGAUGCAUCAGUUUAUCCUGUUAUAGUGCAAAAUAUAUGGUUUGUAAAAUAUGAAUCAUUUUUACCUUUAGCCAAUAUGACUUAUCAGAUUAUAUUUGCAUCCGUCUGUAUUGUCAUAAUCGUGUUUUAUCUCUUGACAGCUGAUGUAUUAUGCAGCGUUUGUUUAUCUCUAACUAUCAUUUCAGUUUUAAUUGGUCUUCUAGGAUAUUUGGAAUUACUGAAUGAAAGAUUGAAUUUUGCAAUGAUAAUUGGAUUAAUAAUCACUUCUGGAUUUUCAAUAGAUUAUUGUACCCAUGUUUGUUAUGUAUAUAUAAAUUGCAAGAGAGAAUCACCAAAUGAAAAGAUAAUGACAGCUUUGAGAGCAACAGUUAUUAUUUUCUCUGUAUUGCAUGGACUUUUCAUACUUCCAGUAUGUUUAAAUAUCUUGGAUAUUCUUAUAUUAAAAUUUAGAAAAGAUUCAAAAGUACGUGAUAGAAAAUAUAGAAAGAAAAUUCCAUCUGAAGAAACAUUUCAGGAAAUUGAAACUGAAAAAUAG